AUGGUGUCGGAGUUUUUCCCCCUCGCCACUUUAUUGAUUGCAUUCGAGUGUCAGGUUGAGAUCGGCUCUUCAGACGUCACAGGCGAUGCACAGUUACACCAAAACUUCUGUCUGGCCCAGACGGUUCCUGAUGAGUACGAAGUCGGAUUCGAAGACGGUUUCACGGUAGCCGACAUCGGUGAUGAUGUCGAUCUAAAGAGUGAGAUGGAUCUUGAAUUGGAGAAGGAGGAGCAGGCCCGUGAGAACAUCUCCAGGAUCUUAAACGAGCUUAUAGCUGGCUACGACAAGAACCUUAGACCUAAUAUACGAGGAACGCCCGUGAUUGUGAGAUCUGAUAUCUUUGUACUAAGUAUUGGACCAGUUAUUGAGAUUGAUAUGGAGUUUCAGAUUGAUAUGUUCUUCCGUCAGAGGUGGAAUGACCCAAGGUUAAAGUUCAACGUCACUACCUUCGAUGAGCUCCGUCUGAACACGGUCAUGUUAGAUACGAUCUGGUAUCCGGAUACUUACUUCUAUAACGGCAAGGAAGCUAUCAAGCACAGUGUGACCACACCAAAUAGGAUGUUCCGGAUAUCACCAGAGGGAAAUAUAUUAUACACAUCGAGGUUGACGGUGGUGGCGCAAUGCAUCAUGGACCUACGGAAAUACCCGAUGGACACUCAAGUUUGCCCACUCUCUUUCGGAAGCAAUAGCUAUUCUGAAGAGGAUGUGAUCUAUGCAUGGAAAUACCCUGCUCCGAAUGAAUCACUGGCUAUCGAUACUUCGGAUGAACUCAUCUUAGCUCAGUUUAAUCUCACUGGAUGGGAGGGAAAGAGUUGGAUCAAACCAUCGAAUAGGGUUGGUAACCGAACCGUAUUGACAGUGGAGUUUAGAUUGGAGCGCCAUAUUGGAUUUUUCCUCAUCCAGACUUAUUUCCCGUGUGUAAUGAUAGUGGGUCUUUCAUGGGUUUCAUUCUGGUUGAACCGUGAAGCUACACCUGCUCGAGUGGCCCUCGGGACAAUGACCACCCUAACGAUCACGACCCUUGGAUGGAGUGCCCGAGCCGUGCUUCCGAAGGUUGGAUAUCCUAAGGCCAUUGACUGGUUUAUCAUGUUAUGUUUUGCCUUCGUCCUCGGAGCCAUCAUCGAGUUCGCCACGGUAAAUUACUUCACGAAGAGGAGGACGGGUAUGCUACCCGGAAUGGCUGAUGAUGAGGAGGAUGACAUCGCACAAGCCCAGGUGGAAAAAGUUGAAGCCUCGUUGAUGAGAAGGAAGAAAAAGCGCUUCUCUCUCAUCCGAGGAUUUACGAGGUACCAGGGCAAGGUAUCUCGGACACCUUCGGACGAAGAUCGGCGAUUCUCGGAUCACUCGAACAACCUAUGUUCUGACAUACUCAACUGCAUCACGGGAAAUGCCGAAUACAGGGAGAGCAGACUCCGGCGGAGCAAAGAUCAGAAACCGUUCAACAGCGUUAGUAAAAUUGAUGAGUUGGCUAGAAUUGGUUUCCCUCUUGGGUUUCUUCUCAUGAAUCUACUCUACUGGUGUGUUUUCACCCUUGAUUAUUAAUUCAAUUACAAAGACUACUAUAUCUGCACAACUGAAUGAAUAUCUUAGAAAAAAAUCCUAUCCUGAAUUCAUCUACCUUCAUGAAAGUUUACCAGAAAUUCAUGCACUAUAUCAUUUUCAAUGAGUUUCUUACAAUAUAUUAGUCAUUAGUAAAAGCGUAAUAAAAAUGUAGUAUCUUCGGAGUUCAUCUGGUAUAUGUAAAUAUCAUUCUGUAAUUUGUAGAGAUUAUAUAUACUGAAAAGUACUAUUCAAGAUUGCGAAAACGAGUCUAACCGUAAUGCUUGUACACUUAUUCAUUGUGGAACAAUAAUGGGGAGAAAACAAGACAUGUGUAUAUAUCAUGAUUACGAAUUAGAUUCCAGGGCUCCAUUUCAAAAGAAAAAGGUUGCUAAGAUCUUGCUGGAAUAUCACUUUUCAUUGGAAGAACCAAUUUAAAAGCAGCAUUCUCACUGUUGUCAUGGGAGUUGACAUUCUAGCAAAACUUGUUAUCAUAGCGACUUUUUAUGAAAUGCGGCCCAUAAACGUAUAGUCUUGUGUGUAAUAAUAUAUUGUAUUGUUAACACUUACAUGACGUAGGCAUGAGUGCAUGUCAAAAUUUUAAAACUAAAUUUAAGAGCAUGUAACAGGGGUUCUACGGGGUAUCUCAAUGGGUGGAGGGGGGGGGGCAAGAUGACCUUAAAGUGAUUUUGAUUUUUAAAUUGAAUUAAUUGGGGCAUUAUUGAGAUAAACGAUGCAAAACGCUCUCUUUAUGCUCUUUUUCUUUCCUUUCCCUUUCCAUAUUUUCUCUCCAUUUUUUUUCUUCAAUUAUUGAAGAAAAAAAACAUAGGGCGGUCGCUUCUAAAUUACCCCCCCCCCCUUCGUGGCGUCUCCUCGUGGCUAUGCAGAAUUGUUUUCUUCUCCUGAGAAGCGAGUAAUGUCCUAUGCAUGAUUAUUUAAUGAAUGAGUCAGACAUUGUGGUGGUGUAAUGUAUUGAUGACCCAUUACAUAACCCUUAACCUCACCACAUUGUUUUCAACUUUGAAGCAAAAAGUAUUUUUUAGAGGGAAAAAUACAAAUUUCAGCCAAAAAAGUAAAAAAGGGUGUGAAAUAGAUAAGUGUUUUUUACCCGCACACAUCAUUGAAUAUAAUAAAGAAAUAAGAACAAUAUUGUUAGUCCAGGUAUGGAUUCUCAUUCUUGUCAUAGUCUUUUAGAUGAUGGAUGCAUAAGAAACGUGUGGAUGUGAAAAUAUCGCAUUAAGUUCGGACUGGGGUAAUUUGAGCCAGCCAACAUGGGCAAGUUGAGCCAUAGUAAUUCUUAUGGUAAUAUUU